CACCAAUCACUAAGAACGAUCGCUGCAAUGUUGGUAGAAGUCACAGAGGCAGGGGCUAGAUACCAUAUGACAGUUCACAGCAACUAACGUUGUCGGUUACGACUUUCGUGGUUUGUCGUGCUGCACUAGACUAUCGCGGGAGUAUCUGAAAAUGAUCUUCGUUCUCUUUAGCCGAAUCAGCAGAUCUUGUGAAAAUAUUGGUUUUUCUUCACAUGGCUACAGGGAAACGUUAAAUCAUAUCUAGGGAACAACUUGUUUCUAUGCAAGUGGGUCUCCCUGGAACUCCCCAUUCCUAAACACUGCGUCUCCGAGUCUGUCAAUCAGAGUUAAACGUUGUACGGCAGGGUUCGAGGGUCAACCUUAUAUGAGGAACGAGGCUCGUCCUGCCUUAUAGUGAUUCACGGCGACUCUCCCAUUCAUCCUGCUUUACUGUGUAUUGGCCGCAGGAUGACGUUGCCCCUCAAGCCUCGCCUUCGCCUCGACUCUGGUGCAUCGCCACCCCCAUCGAGCUUCGUGAAGGCCGCGGGGCUCGACAGUCGUCCUCAAUCUUCGCAGUCACACGUAUCCAGCUUUCGCUCGUUACUUCUGGAUAUGCAAAUUUAUAGUCCCUCUAUUAAAAUGGUGAAACAGGUUGGGCUUGAUGGCACGAUCUCUUGUCCAGUCUUCGGAGAUCAUAACAGGGUCGAAGGCAAAGUUAUCCUAGACUCCAACUGCUCACAAAACGGUCGACUGACCAUAUCAAUCGAAGGCGUGUUUGAAUAUACCUCCGUAAAGGAGGAUUUGGAAGACGAAUUUGCCCAGGGACCUAAAAUUUCGAAUCACCGACACAUAUUCUUAUCAUCCUCUGCCAUUAUUCCUAUUUCACCUGUUCUCGACCCCUUUUCUGUUGUUUGCGAAGCGUUUGGGGUAAAACAACUUCCCAAUGCCUCGAAUUUGAAUAGCCCUGCGUCUAGAUCAUGCGAAUUCACCUUCGAAAUUCCCCGGGGCAGUCGACCGGGGGAAGAAAUGCCUCCCACCUUCUGUUCUUCGAGCGAUAACGGACCAGGAGGUCUGUCAUUUGCAGAAAAGGCUGAAGUGUCCUAUCGCAUGACUGCAGUAUGGGAGGCCUCAGAUAUGUCGGGGAACAGCGGGAUGCUGGAAGUCCCCAUUCUUUUUCAUCCGGAUACAGACUUUCAGUCUAUGGACUGUGCCAUUAUUCAACCCGAAUUAUGGCUUGAAAUGCCUCUUAAGCCAGAGCGGUCUAUUCCGUUCCAUUGCGCGGUCACUCUGCCGUCCCCGCAAACAUUUUCUCGGCGUACCUCUGUUCCAUAUUUUGUUGUAUUCACCACGAAACCUCGAUCCUCCGCACUCGCCCGAGAGAUCGCCGCCGAUGCCACCAUUGCUGUUUCCCUAGUUCGUAAAGUUACCAUAAAGCCCCAGCUAGACCCUACUCCCCCUGACACUACGCUGCUCAGUGAUGAUUCGGACAGUCCGCCAGGCCCUUUUCUGACGUCACGGACCAAGCUUCUAAAGCGUGUAGCGAAGACAGUUACACCUGCAGUGGUUCGUGUACCAAGGACCUCCGAAAAGCCUUUUGCAGCUGCCGUCAAGUACAAACCACUCCCUGAGCUACCACAAGUUUCCUUCUCGGAAACUCAUACUAUAAAAACACAAGUAUCCAUUGGGUUUCCAAAACGGCCCCGGCAUCCCAAUGACCCCGGCGGUCCUAAUUGUCGGGCGCAUCUACCUGAUGGCCUUUAUAAGGGUAAAUUUCGGCUAUCAAAGGAUAUAAUACCAGGAGUCGAUUGGCCUGGCUUGAGCGUUAAGUACUAUUUGGACGUCACUGUUCUCUUUCGGCAGGACGCUUUAAGGGCUUGUGUUCCAAUUCGGGUUUUCUAAAGUAUACAACGAGCAACCCACUAGACUUCGUUCGGUUCCCCUUCUGUAUUGGAAUACUGUCUCCUUUUCGUUGUUGUGGAUUAAAUAAGUAUCUGAACAUGGUUAUUCAUCACUCUAUCUUUAUUGCAUUAAUGUUGCUAUCGCACACGUAUCAUCAUUGUAUAAACUGUAUUAGUUACAUGCAUACAUAUUGGGCAGCCCAGCCUGUUGACCCCUCUGUCAUAGCGUAAGUGCAAACAAAC